UGUUUGUGUGUGUGUGUGUGUGUGUGCGUGUGUAUGCGCGCGGUCGUGUGAGAAGGCAUACUAAAGGGCGGUCCUGCUUUUACUCCAAGCCAUGACUGACAGUCGGAGGGUGUGACACAUCGAAUAAAUACACUAAGAGAAGCUUGACUCCGGCAGACUGACAGUCAGUCAUGGCAACUUCGAACGAAGUCAGCGAGAAAGCACGCAGUGGGACCAAGCGCUUCAUCGGCGGCGUGGUCGAAGGAUUUUAUGGUCGACCCUGGACGAUGGAGCAAAGAACAGAGCUCUUCAAAAGGGAACAGAAGUGGGGUUUGAACACGUACCUGUACGCUCCUAAGGAUGACUACAAACACCGCAUGUACUGGCGAGACCUUUACUCCCCCAGGGAGGCAGAGCAACUCAUAGCUCUGAUAUCAGCAGCGAAGCAACACAACAUCGACUUCAUCUAUGCGAUCUCACCUGGCCUGGACAUUACUUUUUCCAACCGCAAAGAGGUGGCUGCACUAAAGAGGAAACUGGAUCAGGUUAGAGAGUUUGGCUGCAGCUCCUUCUCAUUACUGUUUGAUGACAUCGAAACAGAGAUGUGUCCUGCCGAUAACCAGGCCUUCAGCUCCUUUGCCCACGCGCAGGUGGCCAUCACCAAUGAGGUGUACCAGCAUUUGAGAGAACCGGAGACCUUCCUCUUCUGUCCCACAGAUUAUUGUGCUGCUUUCUGCACUCCAAACAUGUCACAGUCAUCUUACCUUCACACUGUGGGAGAUGAGCUGCUACCAGGGAUAGACGUGUUGUGGACAGGUCCAAAGGUGGUAUCCCAUAAAAUCUCAGUGGAGUCCAUAGAAGAGGUGUCCUCCAUCCUCAAGAGGGCGCCAGUCAUUUGGGACAAUAUACACGCCAACGACUAUGACCCACAAAGAAUUUUCAUGGGCCCCUAUAAGGAUCGUCCAACUGAACUGAUCCCUAAACUAAGAGGUGUGCUCACAAAUCCCAACUGUGAGUUCCAUCCAAAUUUUGUGGCAAUCCAUACUUUGGGGACCUGGUGCAAAGCUUCUGCUGAUGGAGCAGCCAGGGAUGUGGAAAUGGGCGACGAGGAACAGGACCCCUGCUAUAGCCCCCACAAAGCCCUGACGCUGGCCCUCACUGACUGGCUGGAGGAGUUUCUGUGUACAGAUCAGCCUACAGCUUGCUGUAAGAAGGAGUCGUCUGACGAGGAGCCCAUGCAGACAGACCUUGGAGAACACUCGUAUGUGCCCGGAGCGGGAGAGAACCCGCUUUACACAGCCGAGCCCCUGACCCUAGACGACUUGAAGCUGCUGUCCGACCUCUUCUACCUCCCCUAUGAAUAUGGCUCCACAGCAAAGACCAUGCUACAUGAGCUGAACUGGCUCAAAAGCCACAGUCAAGCUGCCGCCGUCAAGACGGACCAGACGGCCGAGUGGUGUUCGAGAGCACGGCAGUUUGACGACAUGUGCGAAGCGGUGGUGCGGAUGUUCAACCGUUUGUCCAAUGCGCCCAACCGCAGCAUUCUGUAUGACCUCUACAACUACAUCUGCGACAUCAAGAGCGGCGUCAAUCUGGCUCAAGCAUACGUCAAAUCGCUCGGAGGGCUUGGCAAACCAUCGGCCCAGCUAAUGAGUGCUGAUCCUGAACCGUGGGGAUUCAGAGGAGGCCUCUCUGGAGAGUUUCAGAGAAUGCUGCCAGGCCAUGGAAACAGAGACCUGUUCAAACAUCCGCCCAGGACGUCGGUGUACUGCAUACGGCCUUACUGUGCAGAGGAUAAGAUGGACGUGCAGAGAAUUUUUGUGAAGAUGCAACGAGAAAGACAGAUUCAAGUCGCCUCCGUGACAGAGUCCCCUCUUAUUAGUGACAUCCUGUCAGCAGGCGAAAUCCCCCCGAGCCCUCAGUGCGCGCUUGUCCUGGAGGAUGAUGCGGGGCCGUGCGGCUACAUGCUGGCGCUCACAGAUGUCAAAGCAGCCUCCGUUCAGAGGGAUAUGAGUGAGCGUGUAUUUGAGGACUUCCCUUCGUUAAUCACUGGACAAGUGCUGCCAAGGGUCACCGACCCCUCUCCGGUGAAGCGUAUGAUUACACAACUGUUGUCCACCAUCAGGAACUGUGGUUCCAGAGGAGUAUUCUGUGAGUUGAGACACGGUGACCGGAGGAUGCUCGACUUCUACACCAAAAGUUGCUCCUUCCAACCAAUCAAAUUGGCCGGCUUGCCUCCAGAUGUCAUCGCCAUGGGAACAAGCCUUUAAUCUCAAAUCACUUCAGAAAAAUUGUCAGUGAAAAUGUCAUUUUUAAUAGCAGUCAUCACCUGCUAUGAAAAACACAUUUGCCUCACAAGCUCUGUGAAAAUGCGUAAUUCAUUUUUGAAGACUUUUGAGUUUUGCAUGUUGAGCUGUAAUGUCCAAUUUUUCAUUCUCAGCUCAAUAAAAGGCUGUAUUGA